AUGCCAGAGACGUGCUUCAUGGGUGCCAAUCCUAUCUCUCUCGGUGGACCUCUCCCCAAAGGAUACACCAAGCGACCCAAGGUGAUCAACUCGAAUCCUAUUCCUUACAUGGCUACCAGCAUCGACACUGCGCCUUUUGGUCCAGGUCUUCCUCCUGACUCAACGGAGUCUGGCCGUGCGAGAAAUCAAUUCAUGAACCAGAUGAUGGUUGGUGGACCUUUUGCUGAUGUUAUCGCCCAUCAGGAAGAGGUUCUCAAGAAUCUCGGCGCCACUGAGAUUCUAGAGCCUCAGAUUCCUUUCCACUAUUGGAUGCUCAUGCAUGAUCUUUCGAUUCAAAUGUGCCCUCCCAGUCUCGAGUACUCUCGAUCUGAUGUACCAUCCAACGUCAAGUUUUCAGGCUGCGCAACACCCAAACCUAUUCCUGCAGACUUUGACUAUCCUUCUUGGUGGGAUGAUGUGAAGCAUGGUGACCGACGUCUCGUUGCUGUAACUCAGGGAACUAUCGCUCGCGACGCAACCAAUCUGAUAAUCCCUACUAUCGAGGCCCUCUCUGACCACGACGACCUCCUCGGGGUAGCAAUCCUUGGGCAAAGCGGCGCUUUUCUCCCGAUGACAUCACUAUUCCUUCCAACACCCGUGUCAUUGAUCACCUCCCCUACGACGCUCUCCUACCUCAUGCUUCAGUGUGAGACUGAGGACAAACCGGAGAUUGCAGCGCGCGGAGAGUGGAGUGGUGUUGCGGUCAAUUUGAAAACGGGUAGGCCUACACCUGAUAUGGUACGGUUAGGUGUCGAGCGUAUCUUGGCAGACGGUAGCUUCAAAAAGAGGGUUGAUGAGAUCAAGGCCGAGAAUGAAGCGAUGAAAUUCUUUGACUUUAUCGAGGAGCUGGUUCUCUCUGUUGGAAGUCUGGAGGCAUGA